AUGCAGCAGCCUGUGAAUUACCCAAGUCCACAAAUCUACUGGGUGGACAACAGUGCCACUUCUCCUUGGGCUACUCCAGAGUCAGUUUUAACCUGUCCAUCCUCUGUACCUGAAAGGCCAGACCAAAGGAGACCACCGCCACCUCCGCCACCACUACCACCUCCAUCACAACCACCCCCACCCCCACUGCCACUACUACCCCCUCUACAGAAGAAGAAGAACCACAACACAGAACUGUGGCUACCGGUGAUCUUUUUCAUGGUUAUGGUGGCUCUGGUUGGAUUGGCGUUAGGAAUGUAUCAGCUCUUCCAUCUGCAGAAGGAGCUGGCAGAGCUCCGUGAGUUCACCAACCAAAGCCUUAAAGUAUCACCUUUCGAAAAGCAAAUAGGCCACCCCAGUCCACCCUCUGAAAAAAAAGAGCCGAGGUGUGUGGCCCACUUAACAGGAAACCCCAACUCAAGGUCCGCCUCUCUGGAAUGGGAAGACACGUAUGGAAUGGCUCUGAUCUCGGGAGUGAAAUAUAAGAAAGGUGGCCUUCUGAUCAGUGAUGCUGGGUUGUACUUUGUAUAUUCCAAAGUAUACUUCCGUGGUCAGUCUUGCAACAGCCAGCCCCUAAACCACAAGGUCUACAUGAGGAACUCUAAGUAUCCCGGGGAUCUGGUGCUAAUGGAGGAGAAGAAUUUGAACUACUGUGCUACUGGCCAGAUAUGGGCCCACAGCAGCUACCUGGGGGCAAUAUUCAAUCUUACCAGUGCUGACCAUUUAUAUGUCAAUGUCUCUCAUCUCUCUAUGAUUAAUUUUGAGGAAUCGAAGACUUUUUUUGGCUUAUAUAAGCUUUAA